CGUGAACACCUAGCUUGUGUGUUGUUUCAGCAUUAACGCUUUUAAAAAUGUCCCUCUUUUCCCUCAUUCUUCACGGUUUUUGCAGCUAAAGAUCAACUUUAACCGCUGUUUUGUUUAAGGAAUACACUCGGACGCAGCUGUAGGCGUCGUUUUAUGACAGAGUCGACGGGAGCUGGUGUUCGUGUCCAGCGGUCCCCGGGUCAAGUCUCCUGUCCAUCGCAGGGACAAAGAGACAAACGGGCAGGAGGAAACCCAAGUACCCGGACAAACGUGUUAAAACGGGUCGUCUGUAACUCCCAGUCGGGGUUUCAGCCUUUUAAUGGUGAGCAGCCGCCGCGCUCGCAGCUCAUUGUCGUCACUGGAAACACCUGGAAGCUUCUCUUUGUGGAGUCUGUGAAGAGCAACAAUCUGGGAAUAAUCUGAGCUAAUCUGACUGACGGGGGACUUUACUGACCUGUCAGCAUGAGGACGGACAUCCCUUACAACCAGCUGCUGGACACGCAGCGGAGGAGGGCGGAGCCCAGCGGGAGAGCGCCGCCGUGCGGCAGGGCUUUGGUCGCCCUGGCCUCCGUGACCUGUCUGCUUCUCGUUGCCGUGGCGCUCUACGACCUCCUGACCCCAGCAGCGUCCUCGGAUCAUCGCCCUGAUCCUCCUCGUCUCGACGUCUCUUUUGUUGGUGAAAAGGCCGAGUCCUGCUCAGACCCCUGCAAGAUGGUUCUGGUGGAGAGCAUCCCUGAGGGGGUGGAGUUCAACUCCAGCGUCCGUCACCCCUCCAUCUUCCACGAGUGGAUGAACCUGAUGAGCGCGGCGCGGCGCAGCAUCGACGUCGCCUCGUUCUACUGGACGCUCACCAACGAGGACACCGGCACUCAGGAGCCCACAGCCAGUCAGGGGGAGGAAGUUUUGAGCAGACUGGCUGAACUCUCAGGGAAGUUGAACGUCCGUAUUGCAGUGAACGCACCACAGGGUCAACCUCAAGGCGACCUCAGGCUGCUCAGCGACUCAGGAGCCGACAUCCGGACCGUUAACAUGAGGGAGCUGACCUCCGGCGUUCUUCACACCAAGUUCUGGGUCGUAGACGAGAAACACGUUUACAUCGGCAGCGCCAACAUGGACUGGAGGUCCCUCACUCAGGUGAAGGAGCUGGGCGCCGUCGUCUACAACUGCAGCUGCUUGGCUGCAGAUCUGCAGAAGAUCUUUGAAGCUUAUUGGUUUGUGGGGGCCAAUCAGUCGAUCCCGUCACCGUGGCCGUCGAGCUUCUCCACGCCGUACAACAAGGACACGCCCCUCCAGCUGCCACUCAACCACACGCCCUCCAGCGUUUACCUAUCGAGUUCCCCUCCAUCGUUCUGCGCAGCUGGCAGGACUCCGGAUCUUCAGUCCAUCCUCAGCGUGAUCGAUGAUGCCGACAGAUUCAUCUACAUCGCUGUCAUGAACUACCUGCCCACCAUGGAGUUCUCACAUCCCAAACGGUACUGGGCAGAAAUCGACACCCAGCUCAGACGAAAGGCGUACGAGAGGCGAGUCAAAGUCUGCCUGCUGAUCAGCUGCUGGAACAACACGAAGCCCAUCAUGAUGCCCUUCCUGAAGUCUUUGGCGUCAGUUUAUGAUCCACAAAACAAUCUGGACAUCCAGGUGAGGCUGUUUGUGGUGCCUGCCAACUCCAGGCAGAAGAAGAUUCCCUUUGCAAGAGUUAACCACAACAAGUACAUGGUGACUGACAAGAUAGCAUACAUUGGUACGUCGAACUGGUCGGGGGAUUACUUUGUGAACACGGCCGGCUCUGCACUGGUUGUUAACCAGACGGAGUCUCUGUCCCUGAAGCCGACCGUCCAGUCGCAGCUGAAGGCCAUCUUCGAAAGGGACUGGCACUCGGACUACAGCACUCCUCUCACCCAGGACUCAGACCUGAAGGACUUGUGCUAGUUUCAACAUCUAACGGUGCUGUUUUUGCACACAGGUAGAAUCACCUGAGCUGAAAGGGACAGACUU